AUGGCAAAAACACCAGAAACGGAGCAUCCAGUGAAGGCCUUUGGAUGGGCUGCUAGGGACACAUCUGGAGUGUUCUCUCCAUUCAAAAUUUCAAGAAGGGCUACUAGUGAGCGGGAUGUUCAAUUCAAAGUUUUGUAUUGUGGGGUCUGUCAUUCGGAUCUUCAUAUGUCAAAGAAUGAAUGGGGCAUGACACAGUACCCCGUAGUUCCAGGGCAUGAAAUUGUGGGUGUGGUAACUGAGGUUGGUAGUAAGGUAGAGAAAGUCAAGGUUGGGGAUAAGGUAGGAGUCGGCUGCCUAGUCGGUUCAUGUCGCAGCUGUGACAUGUGUUCCCAAGAUCUCGAAAACUACUGCUCGAAGCAGACACUAACAUACAGCGCCACUUACACGGAUGGAACAAUAACCUAUGGAGGCUAUUCUGAUGUCAUGGUUACUGAUGAGCACUUCAUUGUUCGCUGGCCCGAAAAUUUGCCUCUUGAUGCCGGUGCUCCACUUUUGUGUGCCGGGAUCACUACAUAUAGUCCGCUGAGGUACUUUGGACUUGAUAAACCUGGCGUGCAUGUUGGCAUUGUUGGCCUUGGUGGCCUUGGCCAUGUUGCGGUGAAAUUUGCCAAGGCUUUUGGGGCAAAGGUGACUGUGAUUAGUACCUCUCAUAAUAAAAAGAAGGAAGCCAUGGAAAAACUCGGUGCAGACGCAUUUUUAAACAGUCGUGAUCCUGAGCAGAUGCAGGCUGCAGCUGGUACCAUGGAUGGAAUUAUUGAUACUGUUUCUGCUGUCCACCCCGUUGUUCCAUUGAUCAAUUUGGUGAAGCCUCACGGGAAGGUUGUCAUGGUUGGUGCGCCUGAAAAACCUCUUGAAUUUUCCACAUUUCCUCUUAUAGUGGGCAGGAAGACUCUUUCUGGUAGUUGCAUUGGGGGUCUAAAGGAAACCCAAGAAAUGAUAGAUUUUGCAGCAAAGCACAACAUCUUAGCAGAUGUUGAGGUCAUCCCAAUAGACUAUGUCAACACUGCAAUGGCGCGCCUGCUGAAAGCAGAUGUCAAGUACCGAUUUGUAAUCGACAUUGGGAGUUCAUUGAAAUCAGCUUAA